UUCCCACUUCAAAACACACACACACACCCUCCUUUCUAAAAUGGUAUUUUUCUCAACAGCAAGUCCAGUCAACUCCACUCUCCAUCCCCCGCUCUCACCGGUUCUCCACACUUUCCCUUCCUCCGGGCUUUGCCUGUUCAAAUUCUUGUAUACUCUCAAUCAAACAAAAUAAACGUUUACAUACUUCUUCAUCUUCUUGCCCACAUAAAAAAGAUUAUAGCAAGUGAGAGUUUCUUGGGCUUUUUCUGGAGAGUGAAACAGCCUACAGAGACAGAUAAAAUUAGCCAGAAAUGAUGAGGAGGCUUGUUUAUGCUGCUCCUCUACUGUUCAUCUUUUUGCUUUACCUUCAGUUGGUGUCUUCUCAAUUGCCUUCUGAUCAGGUCAGUGCCAUGAUUAGAGUUUAUGAAAUCUUUCAGAAUAAUAGCGGCCCUGGCCCUUCCUUUGUCUGGAAUGAUGUUGGGAAAUACUCAAAUCCUUGUUCAUGGAAGGGGGUCUAUUGCAGUCAUGAUAAUUCUUCCAUAAACAAGCUUUCUUUCAGUUUGUUCUCAAUAUCUACCUCUGAAUUUCUUUCACCUCUGUGCACCUUUCCUACUUUAGAGUCUCUUGAUGUUUCUAACAAUCAAUUGAGCUCUAUCCCGGAUGAGUUCUUUACUGGUUGUGGGGUGAUCAGUGGGUUGAAACUGUUGAAUUUUAGUAAAAAUAAGUUGGAUGGUUCUUUGCCUACUUUCAGUGGUUUUAGAAUGUUGGAGUACUUGGAUUUUUCUCACAAUUCACUCAAAGGGGAGAUUCGUUUACAGUUGGAUGGACUGGAUUCUCUUAGGACUCUGAACCUUAGCCACAAUAUAUUCACAGGAACUGUUCCCACAAACCUCGGAAAGUUGAAUCUUUUAGAGGAACUUCAGCUUUCUGCCAAUUUUUUUAGUGGUGAAAUUCCGCCACAGAUUAUAAGACACAGAAAUCUGAGGUUGAUUGAUCUCAGUUUCAAUGGACUCUCAGGCUCGAUUCCACAAGAAUUGGGGGAACUCACCAGGUUGGAAACAUUGUUGCUAUCUGUCAACAAUUUGUCCGGUGGAAUUCCCUCAUCACUUUCCAAUGUCACAACACUCCUGAGAUUUGCAGCAAAUCAAAACAAAUUUAAUGGGACUAUUCCAUCUGGGAUUACUUCGUACCUCGGAAGUUUAGACCUAAGUUUUAAUAAGCUGACAGGAACAAUCCCAUCUGAUUUGCUAUCCGGCUCCAAUCUGCAGUCUCUCGACUUGUCAUACAAUGAACUGGAAGGCUCAAUACCUGCAAACAUUUCAACUAGGUUAUUCAGAUUGAGAUUAGGAAGCAAUUCUCUCAAUGGGAUGCUUCCGGCUGGAUCAUUGAGUAGUCUUGUAGAAUUGAUGUACUUGGAGCUGGAUAACAACAGCUUGACUGGACCAUUACCUUCUGAAUUGGGUAUGUGCAAACAGUUGGCUCUUUUGAACUUAGCCCAGAAUAGAUUGACAGGCCUGCUGCCUCCUGAUUUGGGCAAUAUAACCAAUCUUCAGGUUUUGAAUCUUCAGUUGAACAAGUUUGUUGGAGAAAUCCCACCACAGAUUACAAUGUUAAAUAGACUGCAGAAACUGAAUAUGAGCAGGAACUCACUGAAUGGUUCGAUACCCAUGUCGAUUUCAAGUUUGAAUAAUCUUGCAAACUUGGACUUGCAAGGUAAUAAUCUCAUUGGUCCUAUACCCGAUUCCAUUGGGAGCAUAGAUUCUCUGAGAGAACUCCAGCUGGGAAAGAACCAACUUAGUGGACAAGUUCCAACCAUGCCACAAAAACUGCAAAUUGCAUUGAAUCUGAGCUACAAUCUCUUUAGUGGACCUAUUCCUAUUACUCUGUCAAGAUUGAUGGAAUUGGAGGUUUUGGACCUAUCUAACAAUAGAUUUUCGGGCAAGAUACCAGAGUUCCUGUCUGGAAUGACCAGCUUAACUCAAUUGGUACUAUCGAACAACGAACUCUCUGGACUUAUUCCAACAUUUGGGAAUUAUGUUGCAGUUGAUACAAAGGGAAAUAAGGAUCUGAUUUAUCCGAAAUCAAAUCCUCCUCCUGCACCCCAAAGAAAGAGGAAAUCACUUACCUCAGACGUUGUCAUUGCAGUUGCAAGUGCUGCCAUGGCUAUUGGUUUAUUGAUGAUCAUAGCUGUAUUCAUUUCAAGAAAAUAUAACAGGAUCAAUGAUGAAAAUAUGCAGGCUGUAGAAGAUUCUGCUCCCCCAGAGGUCGUCCGUGGAAACUUAUUGACUCCAAACAGCAUCCACAGGUCAAAUAUUGAUUUCAGGAAAGCAAUGAAAGCAGUGGCUGAUCCCUCAAAUAUCAUGUUGAAGACAAGAUUCUCAACUUACUAUAAAGCUAUGAUGCCAUCAGGCGUCAGUUAUUUUGUUAAGAAGCUUAACUGGAGUGACAAGAUAUUCCAAUUGGGAAGCCAUGAAAAGUUUGGGGAGGAGCUGGAAGUUCUUGGAAAGUUGUGUAAUUCAAAUGUGAUGGUCCCACUUGCAUAUGUCUUGACAGUAGACAGUGCUUAUCUUUUUCUAGAUUGGGCGAGCCGUUACAGCAUUGCUAUUGGAGUCUCUCAGGGUUUGGCUUUUCUCCAUGAGCGCAACUCUGGUCCAAUUCUUCUCCUUGAUCUUUCAAGCAGAAGUAUCAUGUUGAAGUCCCUGAAUGAGCCUCAAGUUGGAGAGAUUGAGCUGUGCAAAGUGAUUGAUCCUUUAAAGAGCACCAGCAAUCUUUCUACUGUUGCUGGUUCUGUUGGUUAUAUUCCUCCAGAGUAUGCUUACACGAUGAGAGUCACAGCAGCUGGAAACGUCUACAGCUUCGGUGUUGUUCUGCUGGAACUGCUGACUGGUAAGCCUGCAGUUAGUGGAGGAACUGAACUAACCAAAUGGGUGUUAAGCAACUCCAAGCAACAAAACAAAUGGGACCAAAUUCUUGAUUUUAAUGUUAGUAAGACAUCACUUGCUGUUAGAAGCCAGAUGUUGGCAGUCCUCAAGGUGGCUUUAGCUUGUGUUAGCGCCUCACCAGAGUCAAGGCCAAAGAUGAAAAGUGUGCUGCGAAUGCUACUGAAUGCAAGGUGAUACAAAUGUGCUGGAGAGAAAAGUCGACAGGUUUACAGCCUGAUAGCAUAUAAAAGUUUUGAAAGCAUUUGUAAUGUUUAGAUAUGCAGGCAUACAAAAGACGUCAAGCAAGUUACUAUGUUGUUGACAUCUUGUAAUCUAAUAUGGUUUCAGUUUCAAAGACUGUGUUACAAUAGACAGCAAGACAACAGAAGCUGGAAAUGAAGAUAAUGAGCUUCUGUUUGGUACAUUCUUUAUUUCUGUGCUUUCA